ACGCACUCACAAUCGCAGACUCCAAAGUCAACGCUGCUAGAGGCUGUUGAAUAUUUUUUUAGCUUUUACAUGUUGUUAGUAUAAAUUUAACAGUUGUGCAGUUUUGGUGCAAAAUGACUCAGAUACAAACCAGACGGUUAUUCGCCGGGCUGAUGAUGCUAUUGAGCGUCGUGGCCGCGACCAACGGCCGAUUUACUCCAGAACAAAUCGAUGAGCUCGGAAAAGCGUGCAACGCCAGCGAAGAGGAUCUUGCCAUAGCCAAGGCUUACAAGGUUCCUACUACAGAAACCGGAAAGUGUUUGAUUAAGUGCAUGAUUAGCAAAUUGGGACUGUUAAACGCAGAUGGGUCGUACAAUAAGAUCGGCACCGCUGCUGCAUUGAAGCAAUAUUGGACAGAAUGGUCUCAUGAUAAAAUAGAGCUAAUAAACGACAAGUGCUACGCAGAAGCCAGUACUGCGGCACCGGAUGUGAUACCAACGUGUAAUUACGCAUAUAGUGUUAUGGCAUGUAUUAAUCUAGAAGCAAAAAAUUUGGGAAUAUUGCAGUCAUCAUGAUUCACGUCUAAUAGCUGAUGUACUUCACAAGGAACAAGAAUAACCAUUGUCGAUCGCGAUUAGUUAUAAUUUCAUUUUUAUUUACUAAUUAUUAUUAAUUUUCCCUUGUAGUUUGGCGAUUAGCUAACGUUUACACGGCUGUCACAGUUUAAAGGAUGUACAAUGAUUUUUCCGGUUUUCCCGGAGUCCUUGACACGUUUAAUAAAGAAUGAUAAUAACUAUUGUA